AUGGCGCGCCUAUGUGCACGAUUAGACGCAUUACAUACUUUACAAGAACUAUGGUUAUUACUGUAUCAGUUAUGUUGUUCUGAAUGUCAUCGUGAACAAUGGAAUCAAUCAGUAAAUGUCGAUCUAAUUUCAUCUGUGAAGUUAACUGAUCUACCAAAAUAUUUGAAUAUUUUAUUAAUGCCUACUAAAUUAUUCAACAAUGAUGACAAUUAUAAUACUACUAUUAGUAGUAGCAGUAGUAGCCAGCUCAAAAAAACACGAUCACAAAAACAUAUGAAAGUUUCACAUGUGUACCAUGAAGCUCACAGUCAUAUGAAUGAACAAGCAUUCACCACUAAUAUCAAAGCAUAUAAUCAUGAUAAUGAUGAUGAUAUUCAUCGUCAUCCUCAUGACGAUAAUCUAAUUGAUCAUGGACAUACUGUUAUGACGAUGAAUACAACAUUUCCGAAUUCAAAAUAUGCUUGUUGUUCCAUCGAACAUGAUCAACUAAUUGAAGACUGCGCCGGUCGUCUAAUUCAAUCAUUAGAUGUGGAUUGUCUACUAAAAUCAGCUGAUGAUUGUCCUUUGGAUGGUGGCGAUGAUUUUGGUGAUGAUAGUGGAAAUUGGGCAGAAACACACUUUCUAUGUGGUUUACAUAUGGCUAGUGAAUUAGUUGAAUUUGCUAAAGCUUUAAACAACAUACUUUUCCAUGGUAGUAUGUUGUUGUAA